AGAAAGUCAAUAGAGAGAGAGAGAGAGAGAGAGAUAUGGAGGAAGUGAGUCUAGCGUUCUUGCCAACCCCAGGAAUCGGGCACUUGAUCUCUACCGUGGAAUUAGCAAAGCGCCUUGUGAAGCAGAAGCCCUUCUCUAUCACAAUCCUCAUGAUGCGCGUUCCUGUACCAGGCACCGACGCCUACAUCAAAUCCGUUGCCGCCUCUGGCCUCAAUAUCCGAUUCGUCGACCUCCCUACGAUCCAGAUCCCACCCUCCCUGGAGAGUCAGGGCCUACAGACAUUCUUCCCCUUAUUCAUUGAAAGCCACAAGCCCCUCGUCAAGGAUGCCAUCACAAAAAUCCGCGCCUCGACGAAAACCCGUGUGGCCGCAUUGAUCAUCGACCUCUUCAUGACCACCAUGAUCGACGUGACAAUGGAGCUUGGCAUCCCUGCAUACAUAUACUUCACAUCCGGCACAGACUUGCUAGCGCUAAUGCUCUAUCUCCCGAUCCUCCAUACCCAGAUACCCUACGAGUUCCAUGAAUUCCAAGGAGAAAUAGAGAUUCCCGGGAUGCGGCCGUUGCCUCCCAACAUCUUGCCAACGUCGCUGAUGAACAAGAAAAAUGAGAUGUAUACAUGGUUUGUCGACCACGGCCGAAGAUUCCGAGAAACACAAGGAAUCAUCAUCAACACAUUUGCCAAGCUAGAGCCGACUCCACUUGAAGCAGUGGCCAACGGACGAUGUUUGCCCGACCACGCCACUCCACCUAUCUACCCAGUGGGACCAUUGAUCGCUCUCGACGACAAAUCCCAAUCCAAAUCAAGCGGCUUGAUUGAGUGGCUAGAUCAGCAACCAUACGCAUCGGUCGUCUUCCUCUGCUUCGGAAGCAGGGGCGCCUUUGCCCCACCGCAGGUGAAGGAGAUGGCACUGGGGCUGGAGAAGAGCGGGCACCGGUUCCUUUGGUCGCUGCGGUGCCCUUCAUCAGAGAAUCCCAGCAUGGCGGUUGAUGCGCAUUUGGACCAGGUCUUGCCGGAUGGUUUCUUGGAUAGGACCAAAGGGCGGGGAUUGGUGUGGCCGUCUUGGGUGCCGCAAAUGGCAAUCCUCGCCCAUCCGGCGGUUGGAGGCUUUGUUUCGCACUGUGGCUGGAAUUCGAUCUUAGAGAGCUUAUGGUUUGGAGUGCCUAUAUUGGCAUGGCCGCUGUAUGCUGAGCAGAAGCUCAACGCUUUCCAGCUGGUGAAGGAUUACGGUCUGGCCGUGGAACUGAGGUUGGAUUUUGACGGAGAUGGGUUGGUUAGCGCGGAAGAGUUGGAAAGGGGAGUAAGGUGUUUGAUGGAAGACUCCGAGGAAGGGAUGGAAGUGAGGAAGAGAAUGAAGGAGAUGGGAGAGGCGAGUAGGAAUUCUGUGAAACAUGGGGGCUCUUCUUUUGCUUCCUUGGAGCGUCUUGCGGACUUGCUCAGCCAUGGUUCAACCUUUCCUAAAACUGACGAGAUAACGGGGAAGAGCCAUGAGCAUCUGAAUAUGGUAGAACCAUAGGUAUGCAGACCAUGUACCAGGUUGAGAUAUCAAUCUGGGCCGUCUAUCUGGUGAGCAUUGUUAUGAAUAAAUCCGUGGAUUAUUUAUAGGACCACUUUCCACGUAUACUUAAUCCAAAUGUUACCACUGAUGUCAUGAGCCUGAGUACUUAUUAGGUGGGCCACCGUUUACAAAAAUUCAUCUAGGAUUGUAAAGCUUGGUCAAGGUCUCGCAAUUUGUGCACUUGUUCCUAAGAUUAUAUGUGGUCGCUCGUUUUUUUAUCAGCACGGUGGCUUGCAAGCGUGCCAAAAUAUUGUACGUGUUCGCUCAUUUUUUACCGGCAAGGGUAGCCUGCGAGCGUGCCAAAUUGGAAUUGCGCCUCCAAUUCAAACCGAACAACUAUGACCCUGAGUGCCAAAGUUGGCAUACACAAAGUAUGACCGAGCCUAAGAAGAUCGGUUGUCUAUUCAACAGAUUAGGCGAUAGUUGGAGGGUAGGGUUCGUUCUCUGAUAAUGUGUUAAUCCUUUACUUUCCAUACAAAAAGACUUUUCAAUACAGAUCAAACAGAAAAAGAGAGAAUUCCUUACAAUCAGUCGUUACUAGCUCCUGAAGGACACUCGUGUGAUGGAAUGAGAUUCGGCAUGCAAGUUUAGACUCUGAUUACAGCUACAAUUAUCAAGUAUUGAGUUAAUGCUACGGAUCAUGCUACGAAAUGCAAAUGACGGGUGCGAAAAGUAAUUUGUUAUGCUAAGAAAAGCAAUAAAAAUAACUGAUUACACUAAGGAAUGUAAAUUGGCACGGGUAAUUGAAAGAUAGAUUUGAUUUGUUUGUUUUGGUAUGAGAGUGAAUUUUCUUCUUGAUUUGUCUUGCUAUUUAUAGUUUCGAUUAAGCUUUUUGGAUCCGUCUCACGUUCAGGCAGUUACAACAGCUGUUUCUCCGUUACUCUACUUCUAAAUAUUUUCCACAUUCUUGCUCCUUUGAAUCCUUCUUUAGCCACUUGUCCAGCGAUCAUGCGAACUUAAUCGUUAGCCACCUGUCACUUGGUCAUCUGGACUCGGUCGCACACAUAUUGUCUACUUUAAUGCAACUGAUACGUUGUGGCUCUGUUUCUGAAAUGUGAUUGUACUUAUCUGCAGAAAAUCAUGUGACCAUUGCAUGCGCAUCCAUACAAAUCACACGUAAUCAACUUUGAUUGGCUGAAAACGGGACUCGGCCAGAUAAGAUAUAAACAUUGCCCCACUCAUCAUUAUCCUUUCAAGGAAAGAGAGCGACGUUUGAGGCUUCAUUAAUGUUGUCCUUAAACAUUCGCACAUGCCGCCCAAUAUGAACUACGUUGGACUGGUCAUUUUACCAUUGGUCGCUUUGAAUCGAGGUGUCGGAUGGAACUUGAGAAUAUGAAGAUCUAACUUGUCUGCUUGCCUUUAGAAUUUUUCUUUAUGUUUUUCCCUUUUGUAAUCAUGUAGUCGAUGACCAACCUGAUGAUGAAUAAAUUCAUAUCCUUAAAUAAA